AUGAGGCGGCUUUCCGAAAUCAUCUCUGACUGGGACAGGCCAUCCACUACGUCACUUUCUCACAUGUACUCUUAUGCUCGACGCGAAAGCGUCUACAUUGCCAGGAAAAAACUAGCAGGACUCAAAGAUUGGGCUCUUGAUCUUUUGGCUAAGCUCAAAUCUAAGCAAGGAAUGGCGAUACGAAGAGAAGCUCGAGCCACAAAGCUUGUUGCUACUGUGAUGGGUACGAAAACCUAAGG